AUGGCUCAUUCAACGAAUCGACUCUCGAGGUUUCGUAUCGAUCGUACCUACCUCCGUCGACAUCUUUAUGGUGGAGCCUCCUUCUCAGGGUACGGGAACUCAUCGGGGAUGGAGCUCGAGAGAAGAAGGGCGGCGUCGCUCUGGAUCAAAUCGAAUUCAAAUUCCGAUCGAUUGCUGACGGAAAAUCUACAGAUCAAAACCGUAAGGAGAAAGAAACUGGGGAUUCAGGAGUGCUUUGCAAACAACUGUUUCCCAGUGAAGGCAGAUCCACCAAUCACUGCCAUCACCUAUAUAUGCAAUACAUAUAUUAACCAAAAGAGCAACAACUCCACUAAAAAUGGAGGGAAAAAAAGAAUUUGA